AUGGCUUCCCCACCUAAGGAUCGAUCCUCGGUGCAACGGCAUUCAACAUUUUGCAAAUUGUGGCAUCGAGGCCAGCCUCCUUUGAGUUGUGAACCAGAACCUUUUAAGUCGCCGACAAUGGGACAAAAAUUUUUGACUUCCAUGAAGCUCAAUGAGGGUUUUUUGAGCUCACCAAUCACUCAGUCGUGGAGACAUCCCAGAAUGGAGUUGGCAAUUUUGGAGUUCGUAAAACGAGGCGGCUCGUUGGAUAGAGUCUUUGAGACUAAGGGCCUUAGUUCAGGAUUCUGUCUUUGCCAGAUUUGUAGGACCUUUAGACCAGCGUGCAACAGGGUCAUACGGAGACGAUCCCAGUGUAAUUCAUCCGUCCCAUAG